UCUUAGUGAUGUCUAGAAAACUUCACUGCUUUACAUUUACGUAACAUACUAGUAGGUCAGACUGUCAUAUACAUAAGAAUUGCGUAUUGUGCUGAUUGCACGUACAAAGGAUGAAACAUGACGUGCAUCUGCUCAAUGAUCUAGUCGCGCCCGACACCCGAGGCAACGUAAGUUGAUAGACGAGGUAGCCCAGGUGUUUCGAGAUGAAUACGGUGUAGAAUUACACAACUCGCGACGCCUUUUUAACCUGCCAAAACAUGGCCUCCCGCUUGGGACGUUUUCUUCUCGUUCUGGCGGCGUGUGCAGGCGGUGUUCCCGUACAGACCGCCACCAUAUCCACCCCUAGCUCAGUCCAAAACAAGAUCUUCAACAACACGUGCUCUUUGCCACCCCAAAGUGUGUUCAGUACCAGAUCACCACAGGACCUGGUAGGUCCGUUCAGACUUACCGUGACAGUUCGAUACUACAGCGGAGAGAAGCGGACAAAAAUUGUAUCAUCUUCCGACUUGACGAACGGACUCGACACAGACGACCAUCUGUGUCACUUGGGCUUCACCGUAAAGAUCUUGGCAGAUUCCAGUGACCUGCCAGGACUGGAGAAGAUAGAGGAGAAAUCGUACGGCUGCAUCAUCAAGUUUCCCGGAGUACCGGACGACCAAUAUGCGCCUGAUAACUUCUUCACCUUCGACAAAGUGGACGGGAGCGACGAUUUUCAUCUGCGAUUCACUGGGAACUAUUUGACGACAAAAGAAACCAGGGGUCCGUAUGCACGGAAUACAUGGGAAUGCCAGGUCUCCGCUAGCGGGGAGGUGAACGAUUGGAGACCGCUGAGUAUGGACUUGACUGUCGAUUACGAAGGUUGCCCUGUAGGUUAUUACGGAGCAAGCUGCACGGGAAGUUGUGCUUGUCAGAACGGCGGGACUUGUCACCCGUUCAACGGGGCCUGCCACUGUCCCAUCGGUUUCACUGGGCCUACCUGCUACAUAGUUGACAUACGAGUGACGGCUAGGAUAGAGCCGGAGCACACGCUGUACAUCACGGAGAGCGCCACACUUGUCUGUGAGGUGGUGAACAUGGGAGACAGGACGGUGACGUGGCGAUUUGGAGAUGAAGUGCUGAACCGGAAUUACUCGGUAGUACAGCAUCCAACAUACAUAGAAAGCCGUGUCUUUAUCGAUAAUAUAACGGAUGCAGACAAUGGAGAGUACACAUGUGAGGCGAGGAGCCAAGACGGGAGUAUUGACUCUGACACAGUAACGCUGGAUGUUACAGAAUGCACGGCUGGCUGGCGGGGAGUUAGCUGCGACCUGCGCUGUGACUGCUCCGUCAACUCUGUACUGUGUCACCGCUUCGACGGAUGUGUGUGUAGACAAGGAUGGACCGGGGACACUUGUGAGACUACAUUACCACCACCUACAGGGGUCACUACUUCAACACCAGCACCAACGGCUCUUCUUCCGAAUGCGCAGUCCGCAGACGACUGGACCACACCUGUGAUAGCUGUAGUCGUGUUGCUUGUCGUGGUUGCGGCAGCUGGAGUUCUAGUGUACUGGCUCAGAAGGCGUGCUCCACAAAAACACUCCUUUGGUCUUUCAGAGGAUCUUUUGGACAGAGUCCGUCAAAGCCAGUGGAUGAAGGACCCUAGUGACGUCACGUUUCUUGAUCAGAUUGGGCAGGGCGAGUUUGGUCACGUGGUCAGGGCCCAGGUGAAGGAAGGAGGAACCAGUAGCAUCUUAGCUGCCAAGGGCUUACGUGGAGACAACGUCCGAAGCACAGGGAAGUACAGUUUCGAGCGGGAACUGAAGGUUCUGCUGGACCUUACCGAAGACGGCGGUCAUCCUAACAUCAUUCAGUUGUGUGGCAUCAUCCUCACCAAGGGUCUGAUCUACAUUCUGUUGGAGUAUGUCGGGAAGAGGGAUCUACAGGGACUGUUAAGAGCUGUCAACAUGAAGGCAACUAUCCCGUCAUCCUUCGGUCGGGAGUGUCUGUCCUAUGCCAGGGACGUGGUGUCAGGACUCGCCUACUUGGACAGAAGCAAGGUCGUUCACAGGGAUCUGGCUGCCAGAAACAUCCUCAUUUCCAACGACAAUGUGGCAAAACUGUCCGACUUUGGUCUAUCCUGUGGAAUCUACCGGGAGCUGUCAGAAACAAAGAAUGAAGACCCCCUCCCCUGGAGAUGGAUGGCUCCAGAGUGCCUGCGGUAUGAUGAUGAGUUUUCCAGCAAAAGUGACGUUUGGUCUUUUGGCAUCGUGCUGUGGGAGAUGGCAACUCUAGGUGCCACGCCCUACCCUUACAUCACCUCCCAACAGAAGCUGCUGCGGUACCUCAUCAGGAACAAGGAGCGCAUGGCACAGCCAUCCAGGUGCAGCGAUGCUGUGUACCAGGUGAUGCUGUCCUGUUGGCAGGAGAGCCCAAACCACCGGCCAGCCGCUGUCUCUCUGGAAGGGAUCUUUAGUGGCAUGUUGGCACUGAACAAGGAAAUCUUCAAACCAAGUGUCUAUGAAGAGGACAUGCUGUAGAUGACGUAAAUUCAUACUAUUAAGCCAGUUAUUAUUCAUACUAUUAUCAUAU